AUUUAGAUAAGUUAAUAUAACGAAAAUAGUCACAUACUGCUGUGUACUUUCUGCUGCUUUAUUUCUUCCUUUUAGUAUAGUUUACUGAUACUUUGAUGUCGAUAGUGGGUCGAAAAUUUCAAUGCAGAUUGCUGUGCAGCAAAACCUGAAUAAUACACUUUUCAGAACGGAUAACGAUUGAACUUCAAGCGGUUAAAAUCUGAAAACUGUAAUGGCUGACGUGGAAAGUAUAUUUAUUGUUCUAAUUCUUGCUGCCAUAUUCUUAAUUUUGUUUGCCGUAAUUGUUUGGGCCUGUUGUUUGUUUGAUGCGCCCAAAUCCUCCAAAGCAGACAAACGUGGAAGAGAAUACAGUCACCCAAAACCCAAACUGACUGCGCAGCAGCAAACAGCCAGUAAACAACAGCCAGAAGUAGAGGUUAUCCCAAAACAAGAAGAAAUUACAGUUCAACCAGGUUUUCUGAACAGUACUAUAGAUAGAAAAAUGCAGCAGUUAGUAACAGAGAAGAAACUAAGUGCUGAUCGGAAAAGACAAUAUCUAGAAUCCUUGAUAGCAUCCGUCAUGUCAUCUAUAAACAUUGCCGUUUCCUUAGCUCCUUACUUAACAGAGACUGUUGAUACGGAUUCACCCCUAAACAACAUAAGUGUUCGUCAUGACAACGGAAAGAAACUGGAAAAUCCAACAAAGUGUGGAACACUUCAUCCUGAGAAUGUAGCAACAGAAGAACAAUAUGAUCAGACAGCACCUAGAGACACAUGUGUUAAUAUAGAAACCUCACAGGAGCAGUUUCUGUAAACUUGAACAUGCGAAUAUAACAAACUAUUGAUGAAUUAAAAACUGGAGACAGGUCAAAGCAGGGACAAAAUCCAGUUUCUUUCUAAAUUAAAAAAAAACUAUAGCUAUACAAGCAACAUACAAAUUUGUUAACGAGUGCUGUAAUGUAAAUACAGUAAACACGGUGUAUGUUCCUUUCCGCUUAUUUUAUACAUCUCUUCCUGAAAUGAAUGAUGUUUGCUUGUACCACGUGACCACAUACGCAUUUAAACCUGUCAGCUAACCUUGCUCUAAUAUCAUCCUAUAUAUAGGCGUGUUAUUUUCAUAGAUUUUAUUGUUGGACAUAUAGGAUUUCAUGUUAUUUUACGGUUUUAAGCCCUAAAAGCCCGAAAGGUAAUGCAAUUAAUACGCUUAAUUGAUAACAGUGAUAUAAAAAUCACAUUAGACUGCAGAUAUGUUUCUUGACAUUUCUCUUAAUUAGGUAUAAUUACGGUUGUCAAAUCAGAGGCGUGUAAGUAUGAUAUUUCAAAAUCUAUUCUUCAGUUGACUAAGACGCCUUUCG